AUGGAGCCAAGCGACUACCCGGUUGGGCCAGUGGUUGCCACUGUCUACGCGCGGGAUCGGAGCCUGUCACGGGACCUGCCGCCGGGCAAGAUCGGGUCCGGGUCCUUUGGGGACAUCUACAUUGGCACCAAUGUGCAGACCAGCGAGGAGGUGGCCAUAAAGCUGGAGUCCAUCAAGUCCAAGCACCCCCAGCUGCUCUACGAGUCGAAGCUGUACAAGAUCUUGGCAGGAGGGGUCGGAGUGCCCAAUGUGCACUGGUACGGGGUGGAAGGGGACUACAACGUCAUGGUCAUCGACCUUUUGGGGCCGUCCCUGGAGGACUUGUUUAGCUUCUGCAACCGGAAAUUCAGUCUGAAGACCACAUUGAUGCUGGCCGACCAGAUGAUCAACAGGGUGGAGUACAUGCACGCGAAGAACUUCAUCCACCGAGACAUCAAGCCCGACAACUUCCUCAUCGGGCUUGGCAAGAAGGCCAACCAGGUCCACAUCAUCGACUUUGGCUUGGCCAAGAAGUACAGGGACCCGAAGACGCAGCAGCACAUCCCCUACAGAGAGAACAAGGCCCUCACGGGCACGGCGAGGUAUGCCAGCGUGAACACGCACCUGGGCAUCGAGCAGAGCCGGCGCGACGACUUGGAAGCGGUUGGCUACGUGCUCAUGUACUUCAACCGCGGCAGCUUGCCUUGGCAAGGUCUGAAGGCGAACUCCAAAAAGGAGAAGUACGAGAAGAUCAUGGAGAAGAAGAUGUCCACGCCCAUCGAGGUGCUGUGCAAGCACUUCCCCUGUGAAUUCGCCACGUACCUGAACUACUGCCGGAGCCUGCGCUUCGAAGACCGCCCUGACUACGCCUACUUGCGGCGAUUGCUGAAGGACCUCUUUUUCAGAGAGGGCUACCAGUACGACUUCGUGUUUGAUUGGACCAUCCUGCUGCUCGGCGAGCGACAGUUGAACGGCUGA